GCCUGACAUGAGCGCGCUUGGCCGUGCGCGCGCCCGUGAGAUUGUUGCGUAAUUGGUGUGUCGCUGGAGGAGUGAUGGAGCCUCACAAACACAGCUGAUCACGGUCCUUGCCGGAGGAUCAUGUCCUAUGUGUCUUCACAAGAUGGAAGGUGUGUGUCUCCAUGUUCUCGGCCUCACACCCCUCUGAAUGGCCACGCCCACGACUCCCCCGGCUGGAGCCGCAAACUCCGCAUCAGAGAUGGAGACCAGUUCUACCUGCUGGAUCAAGAGAAGGUUCAUCCGUUGCUGAUGAAUGAUCAUCGUCCCGUCUCUCAGCGACACAAACUGCUGCGCAGGACCGUCAGUGUACCUGCAGAUAACAGACCUCAUCCUGAGUCAGAGCACGCUCGUGCUCGCAGGAAGAGCUUUGCCACGUCGCGGCAGAGAAGCAUGGAAACUCCGCCCACUGCACCUACCCAGCCAUUCCGACAACCUAGUUUUCUUAGUCGCCGUCUGAAAGGUUCGAUUAAACGAGCAAAGAGUCAACCCAAACUCGACCGCACAGGAAGCUUCCGCCACAUGAUCCUCCCACGAUUCCGCAGCGCUGACCAGGAGAGGACGCGACUGAUGCAGAGUUUUAAGGAGUCUCACUCGCACGAGUCUCUGCUCUCUCCGAGUAGUGCGGCCGAGGCACUCGAUCUAACGCUGGACGAGGACGCCAUCAUUAAACCCGUCCACUCCAGCAUCCUCGGCCAGGAGUACUGCUUCGAGGUGACGACAGCAUUAGGCACGAAGUGUUUUGCGUGUCGUUCUGCGGCAGAGAGAGACAAAUGGAUUGAGAAUCUGCAGCGGGCCGUGAAGCCGAACAAGGAUAACAGUCGUCGUGUUGAUAAUGUGCUCAAGCUGUGGAUUAUUGAAGCGCGAGACCUGCCAGCUAAGAAGCGCUACUACUGCGAGCUGUGUCUGGACGACAUGCUGUACGCUCGAACCACCAGCAAACCGCGAACGGACACGGUGUUCUGGGGGGAACACUUUGAGUUUAAUAACCUCCCCGCCAUCCGCAGCCUCAGAUUACACCUGUACAAGGAAACCGACAAGAAGAGACGAAAGGAGAAGAGCACAUAUCUGGGUCUGGUCAGCGUCCCUAUAUCCAGUAUAACGGGUCGUCAGUUUGUGGAGCAGUGGUAUCCCGUCAUCCAGCCCAGUGUUCUGGCGAAAGGGGGUGGAGUCGGCAGCGGGAAGAUCAUCAAUGCAUCGUUGCGGCUCAAAUCUCGCUAUCAGACCAUGAACAUCCUGCCGAUGGAGCUGUAUAAGGAGUUUGCCGAGUGCGUCACCAACAAUUACCGCACGUUGUGUGGUGUUCUGGAGCCGCUGUUGAGCGUGAAGAGUAAAGAGGAAGUGGCGUGUGCGCUGGUACACAUCCUACAGAGCACUGGGAAAGCCAAGGACUUCCUGUCUGAUAUGGCCAUGAGUGAGGUGGAUCGAUUCAUGGAGCGUGAGCAUCUGAUCUUCAGAGAGAACACAUUGGCCACUAAAGCCAUCGAAGAGUUCCUGAAGCUCAUCGCUCACCGUUACCUCAAAGACACCAUCGGUGAGUUCAUCCGCGCGCUGUACGAGUCCGAGGAGAACUGUGAGGUCGAUCCCAUGCGAACGCCCCCGUCUGUGCUGCCGGAUCAUCAGGCUAAUCUACGCAUGUGCUGUGAGCUCGCACUCUGCAAGAUCAUCAACUCUCAUUGUGUGUUUCCACGGGAACUGAAGGAGGUGUUUGCAUCGUGGCGUGUGCGUUGUGCCGAACGCGGCCGUGAGGACAUCGCGGACCAUCUCAUCAGCUCGUCUCUCUUCCUGCGCUUCCUGUGUCCAGCGAUCAUGUCUCCGUCUCUGUUUAAUCUGACGCAGGAAUAUCCGUCUGAGCGCACCUCACGAACUCUCACGCUCAUCGCCAAGGUGGUGCAGAGCCUCGCCAGCUUCUCAAAAUUCAGUAGUAAAGAAGAUUAUCUGGGCUUCAUGAAUGAGUUUCUGGAGAUGGAGUGGGGCUCAAUGCAGCAGUUCCUGUAUGAAAUCUCUAAUCUGGAGUGUGUGAGUAACGCCGGGGCAUUUGAGGGUUAUAUUGACCUCGGCCGAGAGUUGUCCAUCCUGCACAGUUUACUCUGGGAGGUCAUGGCCCAGCUCAGUAAGGACGCCAUAUUGAAACUGGGGCCGUUGCCACGGUUACUGAAUGACAUCAGUGUGGUGUUGCGGAACCCUCAGCUGCACCGUCAGGCGAGUCACCAGCCGCCCGAACGUCACCUGUCACGCCCCGCAUUCACCCGCCUCGCCACUAACGACUUCCAGAGCCUCAUGAUGAGAGACCUCAACAGCUCUAUAGAUAUCUCUCGUCUGCCGUCUCCUACGGCGGGAUUGUCCGGCAGUGGCGUUCUGUCUCACCCUGGGAUGGCUGCAUUCUCCGAGCGUGAUCUCCGUGGAAACAAAGACGUGUUCUACGUGACACGCCCUCCUCUGGCACGCUCAAGCCCCGCCUACUGCACAAGCAGCUCUGACAUCACCGAACCUGACCCGAAGGUUCUCAGUGUGAAUAAGAGCGUGUCUAUGAUGGAUCUUCAGGAUUCGCGCAUUAACAGCAUGUCGAAUCUGCACUCUGUCAAUGACCUGCUGAACUUGUCUCAGGGCUCCCUCGCCGGGCUGGGUGGGUACGGUCCGCUAGGCGGUGCCCCUCUCAGGGCCGGAGGUCGUGUGUCAGCGGGGUCGGGGGGGUCGAAUAUGUCAGGCGGUUUGCGUCUGGAUGGAUUCACUCUGCAGCAGCAGCAGCAACAGCAGGCGGCCGCGAUGCACGUGCCGUUAUCCUUCCAGAAUCCUCUGUUCCACCUGGCGUCUGACGGGCCACAGUACCACACCCCUCCACACGUGCCGGCCACGGCCCCGCCCCCACUCCUGCUUGCCCCAGAGCCUGAAAAUGGACACGUUGGCUUCGGCGUGCCGACGUUUGGUCACAGCGGCUUCUCUCGCAGCGAGGAUCUGUCGGCUCUGCGCUCACAGAACAGUCUGGUGCAGCCAAACAUCGUCCACUCGCACAGCUACAGCGACGAUUUCACAUGCCACAAUCAGGCCGACUACGCCCGCAGACAGCUCUCGCUGCAGGUGCAGGAGAAUCUCCAGCAGCAGGUUUUAAUGGGCAUGGCCCCACAGACAGCGACUGGCACCGGCACGCCUGCUUCUCUGGCCACUCCCCCUACCACCAUUCAUCCUGUCCGUCAGGCCUCCAUGGUUCCACCUCCUCAGCGUGCAAAGCCUCAGCCUUCUCACCAGCUGUCCGUCAGCUCAGCCGCUAACUCCACACCCCCCAAGACCCGACCUCAGAGUGGGAACCUCCUCCAAUCACCCGAGUCCAGUUUUGGGGUGAGGCAGAUGCUGCGACAGCAGCUGUCGGUGAAGGAUAGCCCCGCCCCCGGGCUGCCGCAUCAGUCCAGCACAGCAAAUGAGAAUGCCACACCACAGGGGGGCACUAGUGAGAGCACAGAAAACACCCCUAGCAACCAACCCGCUCAACAAAAUAACCAACAGCAAUUACUUAAACCAACAGGGAACAAACAGGGCUCAAAGUCUCCCUCCACAUUGAACACCCCCACAGCUGCAUCCGAGCGUACGGUGGCCUGGGUGUCCAACAUGCCGCACCUGUCUGCAGACAUCGAGAGCUUGCGUGUGGGUCGUGAGGAUUUCAAACUGAAGGAACAAUCCAAGAGUAUGGACGAGUCUCGUCUGGACCGGGUGCGCGAGUACGAGGACGAGAUUCACUCUCUGAAGGAGCGCUUGAUGAUGUCACAUCGUAAACUGGAGGAGUACGAGCGCCGGCUGCAUUCACAGGAACAACAGACGAGUAAAAUCCUGCUGCAGUAUCAGAGUCGGCUGGAUGACAGCGAGCGACUCCUGCGACAACAGCAGGUGGAGAAAGACUCGCAGAUCAAAGGAAUCAUCAACAGGUUGAUGGCUGUAGAGGAUGAGUUGAGAGGAAGUGCAAUGCCUGACCUGAAAACCAGAUUAUUCACAGAUCAGCCCAUCUAUGGCGCUCACUCUGGAACAUGAUUGGCCGGUGCAGGACUAGCGGACGUGUGAUUGGUUGAAUCUCAACCCUGGAAUAUCUGUUGAUUUUCUGAGAGAGAAAUGCAGAAUAACUCUAUAAUCUCUCUCUCUCUCUCUCUCUCUCUCUCUCUCUCACACACACACACACACACACACACACACACACUGGGAAUAUAUAUAUGUAUAUAACUGAUAUAUAUAAUUAUAUAUUCAUCAGGUGUCUCUCUCUCCUGCUGUCUCUCUCUCUUUUCUCCUGAUAUUUUGAGCCAAAUGAAUGACAAUCAGCACCUUUGAGGCCGAUACAAUCACAUCGACAGCACAACGAAACCUGACAGACAGACGAGUGUGACACUAUUAUCCUAAAGAGCUCCAAUGACAACAGGGCAAAACAGACUCGGACACUCCGUUUGAAUCAUCUAUGAGAGAGUUCAUGUAACGCUUGUGUGAUGCCACACAGACGACCAGCAGCGUCUGGAAUGAGAACUGAAGAACGGUGCAGAAGCGGAGAUGCGACGCUUGUGCGUGUGAUAAGUGUUCUUGGUUUGCUGUAGGGAGUCUCACUGUUGGCAUUAGUUGUGUGGAACAGAUAUCAGGUGACUUUGUGAUUAUUAGAGUGAAAGAUGUUGUGUUAUCGUGGGUGUGUGUUUGUAAGAAAAGGUGAAGUGUGUAAUUUCCACUCUUUGGCGCACCGAACAAAAUUGCAAAACAGGUUUCCCGAACAUUCGCCAAAUGGUCGCCAAACUCACCCCAUUGGUGACAACAACCAGAGCAAUGCGUCGAAAGCAUCACAGUGUUUACACUCUUCAGGAAGUCAAGCCAUCAAUGUCCUCAACACUCAAAACUGACCCUGUUUACUUGAAGAAAUAUUGCACGUGUGUGUCUGUGUAUCUCAGCGAGUAUUGCCGCUGACUAUCACACCUGGAGUCGCGAGUUUGAAUCCAGGGCGUGCUGAGUGACUCCAGUCAGGUCUCCUUAGCAACCAAAUUGGCCCGGUUGCUAGGGAGGGUAGAGUCACAUGGGGUAACCUCCUUGUGGUCGCUAUAAUGUGAUUCUCACUCUCGGUGGGGCGUGUGGUGAGUGACUCCAGUCAGGUCUCCUUAGCAACCAAAUUGGCCCGGUUGCUAGGGAGGGUAGAGUCACAUGGGGUAACCUCCUCGUGGUCGCUAUAAUGGGGUUCUCGCUCUCGGUGGGGCGUGUGGUGAGUGACUCCAGUCAGGUCUCCUUAGCAACCAAAUUGGCCCGGUUGCUAGGGAGGGUAGAGUCACAUGGGGUAACCUCCUCGUGGUCGCUAUAAUGUGGUUCUCUCUCUCGGUGGGGCGUGUGGUGAGUUGUGUGUGGAUGCCGCGGAGAAUAACGCGAAGCCUCCACAUGCGCUACGUCUCCACGGUAACGCGCUCAACAAGUCAUGUGAUCAGAUGCGCGGAUUGACGGUCUCAGACGCGGAGGCAACUGAGAUUCAUCCUUCACCACCCGGAUUGAGGCGAGUCACUGCGCCACCACGAGGACUUGGAGCGCAUUGGGAAUUGAGCAUUCCAGAUUGGGAGGAAAAAGGAAUAUUGCGGGUUUAAUGCAAGUCAAGCUCAAUCGACAGUAUUUGUGGCAUGAAACUCUUACUUUAUACCUUCCAAUCCAUUCCUGAUUGAAGUCCCACACGACAUUUUCUUUCCUCAGAAAUAUCUCACAUUAUAGAAGUCAAACGGUUCGUCGUGUUGCUUUAACAAAUUACACAUUUCACCUUUAACGGAUGAUUUAACAGAGAGAAAGGAAAGAUUUGACUAAAGCUAAACACAUAUUUAUCUUAUAUCGUAAUAAAGCAAGAAAUAUCAUUAUGAUUUCCACACACUGAUUUGCUUUGUCUCUGAGGUCGGCUGCUGAUUUCUGUACAUAGUCCACAUUUACUGAUUCAACUUUCAUUUGAGUUUUUCUCUUUUCUCGAUGUUUUGGUGGAUGAUUCUCAUAUACGCCAGUAGCUGCUCUGCUGGAGCUUAAGUCAUUUUCUUUUGUGUUUAUUUUCUGUUGAAAGUAUUCAUUCAGUGUGCAUUUGGGGUAAUGAAUAGUGUUUCUGUGCCUACGGCUCCCACAGAGAACGCCGCAGUCCUGAUUUGGAGGGAAUCGAAGGAGCUUCGCCGAAUGAUCCUUUUUCUAUAAGGUCAAUUCUCACAACUUUUGGCACACGUUUCUGAUAUUAUACAGCCAUUUUCUGUGUAUAGGGGUCAAUUAUGCUGAGUGUAUCUUUCCCCCAUUGUGUAGCACUCUCGUCUUAAGUUCAUGAUGAAACGGUCCUUAAACGGGAGCCGCGUGCCAGUUUAGCCAUACACACGGACAAGCCAUAGCAUUGCCCCGCCCCUCCAAUCCCCUUCAGGAGUGAUGUAUAUACGUAUAGAUUUACCCAUGCCAAUAUUCUGGAAUGCAGGAGAGAUGAGUUGAUUAUCUCUGAAUAUGGAUGUUUUGAAUGUUCAUAUUAUCAUCAUAAAGAUAUUAUAUUCAAAUACGAUUAUUGCAAUUAUGAGCUUCGUUUUAUUGACGAUGAUUGACGAACAGAUGUGUCUUUCUUUGUGUGAAUAAGGAGACGUUUACAUUUUUCUGGGGAAAUAUUACAAAUCUUUAAAUAUUUCAACAAAUAAAUAAAUAUAUACAUG